AUGAAAAAAGAUUUCGUUGCUCUCAUUUUUGUGGUCAAUGACCAUGCAAUUUUUCGCCUUUCAGGUUUAUAUAAUUUGAAAAACCUCCAAGAGUUGGAUAUUAGCCGAAACAACUUCAAAGGAUCUAUUCCUCCAUGUAUCAGCAAUUUAACGUCCCUCCGUCUCCUCAAACUUUCUGAAAAUAACCUUUCGGGAACCAUUUCUUCUGAUCUCCUUAGGCUAAAGUCCCUCGAAUACCUUUCUCUUUCUCUGAACCAUUUUGAAGGGUCCAUCUCAUUGAGUUUAUUUGCUAACAACUCCAAUCUUGAGGUUCUUGAACUUGGUAGCCUUAACAACGAGUUGCAUGUGCACACAGAAAAUACACCCUGGAAACCUCUAUUUCAGCUAAAAGUCCUACGACUAUCAAACUGCAAUCUCAAUGAGCAAAGUAGAUCUAUUCCGAGCUUUCUUUUGACCCAGCAUGAUUUAAGAGUUGUUGACCUCAGUUACAAUUCCAUGGUUGGAAAGCUUCCCACUUGGUUACUGAAAAACAACACAAGAUUGGAGUUUCUUAGUCUUGCACAGAACUCAUUCACGGGUCAAUUUGUGUUACCUGCUGAUUCUGAAAAUCCUGAUUUGUUUGGGAUCAAUAUGUCUAUGAAUUAUAUUCAAGGCUCGCUUCCAGCAUCCAUUGGCCAUAUUCUCCCAAAUUUGUGGUAUUUGAACAUGUCUAGGAACUCAUUUCAAGGUAAUAUUCCUCAUUCAAUCGGCAACAUGAAAAAGUUGCAUUCAUUGGAUCUGUUGAGCAACAGCUUCACUGGAGAAUUACCCGAACAUUUGGUUAUGGGCUGCAAGGAAUUGACUAUGCUGAAGCUUUCACAUAAUAACCUGCAGGGCCAGUUAUUUCCCAAAAAAUGGAACCUCACAUCGCUCUUGUUUUUGUAUCUAGAUAAUAAUUUCUUUUCAGGACAGUUGUUACCUGGACUUCUUACAAGCUCCUACUUGACAGUGUUGAAUCUAAGCGAUAACUCGAUCUCGGGAAAAAUACCUGAUUGGAUAGGGGACUUUUCUUCCCUUUCGUUCCUUGUUGCAUCCAGGAACUUGUUCAAAGGUCCUAUACCAGUAGGCUUUUGCAGACUUGUUGAACUGACAGUAUUAGACCUUUCAUGGAAUAGUCUUUCUGAUAAAAUACCUCAUUGUUUCAAUUUAUCAUCACUAAGAUACUUCAGCCUUCACAAAAAUGAACUGUCAGGACCUUUGCCAAGAGCUCUUUAUAGAUCAUCUUCCCUUGUGACACUGGAUAUCGGGGAUAAUAAACUAUCAGGGGAAAUUCCAAAGGGGAUCAACUUACUCCAAAAUUUGAGUUUUCUUUUAUUAAAUAGAAACAACUUUGUAGGUUCCAUUCCUUUUCAGCUAUGUCAGCUUCACAACAUCAGCAUACUGGAUCUUUCUUUCAAUAGCAUUUCUGGUCUAAUACCUUCAUGUUUGAAUGAUAUACCAUUUGGUCAUAGAAAAGCACAUGAUCCAACCUUAGAAAAGUCGCGAUAUCUUUUGGGUUUUUUGAGAUACUUGAAGUACGAAUAUCAAAGCAUGCUUCGUAUAGAUCAAUAUGUUAUAGAUGAAGUUCAGUCAUCACAUGUGGUAGAAAUAGAAUUCAUCUCAAAGAGUAGGCCUGAUUCAUACAAAGAAAGCAUCUUGGAUUUCAUGUCGGGGAUCGAUUUUUCUAGGAAUAGAUUGACAGGUCCAAUUCCUUCUGAACCUGGGUUCCUAAGUGAUAUUCAUACUUUAAAUUUAUCACAUAAUCAACUGAAUGGAUCCAUUCCAAGGACAUUUUCCAGCAUGAAGCACAUAGAAAGCUUGGACUUAUCCAACAAUAAGUUGAGUGGUGGAAUUCCCCCGGAUUUGGUUCAGUUAAACUUUCUAUCAACGUUCUCAGUGGCAAACAAUAAUUUAUCAGGACGUGCACUAGAUAGGAAGGCUCAGUUUGCAACAUUUGAUGCUAGCAACUAUGAAGGCAAUCCUUUUCUUUGUGGAUUACCUCUCCAGGAAAAUUGCGGAAAGAGCACAGGCGCAGUAUCAGUUUCGAAUCCAGGAGAAACUGAUGAUCUGUUCAAAGAUUCAUUUUUGGAGACUUUUGUUCCAUCAUGCGUUGUGGCAUUCCUGGGAGUUUCUGCUUUUAUCUACUUCAACUCCACUUGCAGAAUGAUUUUUCAGUUUAUUGAAGCAAAACUCUUAUCUUCCAGAUAG